CUCGUCACCACCCCCAGCCCUGAGCGUCAUGGUUCGGGCCACGCAUAAAAGGCUCCACUGUCCUGCGAGCACUUGUGUCUGAGAACGCGAGUCAGCUAGUCUGCUGCACAGUGCGUCCCACCCUUCCCCAAACAGCUUUCAGUCAUGGCCUCCGGAAACGCUCACAUCGGAAAGCCCGCCCCGAACUUCGAGGCCACCGCCGUGGUGGAUGGCGCCUUCAAGGAGGUGAAGCUUUCAAACUACAGAGGGAAAUACGUGGUCCUCUUUUUCUACCCCUUGGACUUCACUUUUGUGUGCCCCACGGAGAUCAUCGCUUUCAGCGAGCAUGCCGAGGACUUCCGCAAGCUGGACUGCGAGGUGCUGGGGGUCUCUGUGGACUCGCAGUUCACCCACCUGGCUUGGAUUAACACCCCCCGGAAGGAGGGAGGCUUGGGCCCUCUGAACAUCCCCCUGCUGGCUGAUGUAACCAGGAGCAUGUCUCAUGACUAUGGCGUGCUGAAGGAGGAUGAGGGGAUUGCCUACAGGGGCCUCUUUAUCAUUGAUGACAAGGGCAUCCUUCGCCAGAUCACCGUCAAUGACUUGCCUGUGGGGCGCUCUGUGGAUGAGGCUCUUCGGCUGGUCCAGGCCUUUCAGUACACAGAUAAGCAUGGGGAAGUCUGUCCCGCUGGCUGGAAGCCAGGCAGCGACACGAUCAAGCCCAGCGUGGAUGACAGCAAGGAAUACUUCUCCAAACACAACUAGGCUGACAAACAGGCACCAAGCUUGGGCUUUUGGCCCCUACCUGGGUUCCCUGUGCUGGCCCAGGAAAGGACAGAUCUGUCCCUUCAUAGUCCAUAGUCUGUGACCCUAAAGGGCUAGUCCCAGGCCUUUUCAUAUUCUUAGCUGAAUGGUGAGUGGUGACCCAUCCCUGGAGCCGCCCAACCAGGCACAGGUCUAGAGGUUACCAAUAAAGUAUUAGGGACAAAUGUGAGUCUGUGUUGGUGUGGUCUGUCCUGUAGACUCCCGGCCCACCCCUCUUUUCUCCAAGCUCUGGCCUGAGAAACUGACACUGUAGUUACUCAUCUUCACCACAAGGUGGCAGUUUUAUCCCAUGUUCACUGCUUUCAUUUCUUGGCCUUGGAGGGCAGUCUCCAGACCUUGCCAUCAGCCAGGUUGGGUUCAAGUGUCAUUUAAGCGAUGUGAUCCUUCCUGGCUUUCGUCAUCAGGAAAAUGGGAAUAAAGACAACCAAGCCAUAUCAUCAUGCACGUUAAAGGAGAUCAAGUAUGUGAAGCUGGGCCCAGUGAAUGGUUACCAGGGCAGGCUUCUGGGCCUGAAAGAGGUUUGUCUUACCGUAAAGAGGGUCCAUAAGCAGAACGAAGAAUGGGAGGGAGCUCGAGCAAUGUACACAGUGGGCAAGCUCUGUCCCACCACAGGAUGGAAGGGCUGCCUGUUGCUGCCUGUCAGCCCCUAGGGUGGAGGGUGAGGGUUAGGCUAGCAGGCAGGUGUCAGGAGCAAGGCAAUUUUCCCAGGAGUGCAGUUUGAUGUAUGUGCCCAGGCAAGUGGUGGUUCCACUCUCAGCCCCCAGUUCCUUCUACAGAACUGGAUGGACAGGCUUAUUUAACCCGUAGACCCAUUAUUAAUAUAGCUAUCCAGCUUAAUAACCACCAAAGUCACUAAUCUCAGCCUUGAAAUUUUAUCUACGCUUCUGUUGAAGGCCCUAUGUGGUCUUUCCUGACCUAAUCUCCAUCCUUCUGGUUUAUUCCAUUCCAGGCACACUGGCUUCUUACUUUUCUCUUUAUCAGGACGAUCUUGCUCUGGCCGCAGGAACUGCAUGUGUUCCCUCUGGGCAGAAUGCUGUCACCCAGGAUUUUCUCAGGGCCAGGCUUCUUCAAAUCUGCUCUCAUUAAAGGUCCAUGUUCCCAAUCCCAUUUUCCAAAGCAACUCAUCUACUCUGCCCCAUCACUACUACUUGGACCUGUGUCUUCUCUUCCUAACAUUUAACCACCGUCUCCGAAUUAUGUUUCCUUGUUUAUUAUCUCUCUGCCUGCUGUGGUCCAGGCUGUGUUUCCAGGGCCAGGUUGUUCAAUAGUUUAUAAAUUAAUUAA